AUGCAUCUGCAAAGCCUGACUUCUCCUCUCCUCCUCCGUCCAAUCAUGCUUCCUUCUUAUUCCUCCCUCCUAACUCCCUCUCCCUGUCGUUACUUCCUCCCUUCUCUCCCAUUUUCCCUCCCCUCCCUUCUUUCUCCCGACCUCUUUCCAUCCACACAGGACGAUUAUCGCCACAUGUCAUGCAGGCAAGGUAGAAGGAUUCCUGCAAGGAAUCUUGCAAUGGCGUUCCUUUGCGCCAAGGGGAUUGAGUCUCCGCUUUCCAUGAGGUGCAAGGCUGCAGCGGGGGAAGCAGGAGGACUUGCGGUGGCAGAUGUGGAGGCUGACGUGGUGGAUGAGGGGAGUGACGUGGCAGCACGAGGGGAGAGAGUGAGGGAGGGAGAGGAUGUGAGGAGGUUGACGGAAGAGAGGGAUGAGGCGCUGAGGAGGGUAGAGGAACUGGAGGAAAGGGAGCGAGUGGGGGAGAGAAAGGCACAAGAGGAAGCAGCGCGGAAGCUGCAGGAGGCAGAGGAAGAGGCGGCAGUGUAUGAGGAGGAGGAGAGAGUGAGAGAGACGCUGGCAGGGUUGCAUGACGACCUGGCAAGCCUACAGGAGAAGAGGGAGAGAGCGAGUAUGCAGCUGGCAGGGCUGGAGGAGGAGGAGGAAAGAGCAAGAGGGAGGCUGGCAGGGCUUCAAGAGAAGGUGGAGAGAACGAGUGAGAGGCUGGCAGGGGUGGAGGGGGAGGAGGAGAGAGCAAGAGAGAGCCUGGCAGGCCUGCGGAAUGCAGAGGAGGGAGUGAGAGCGAGUGUAGCAACCCUGCAGAAGCUGACAGGGCUGGAGGAGGAGGAGGAGAGAGCAAGAGAGAGGCUGGCAGGCCUGCGGAAUGCAGAGGAGGGAGUGAGAGCGAGGGUUGCAACCCUGAAGAUGCAGCAGGAGCAAGAGAGAGAGAGGUUGUCAAGCCUGCAGGAGGACGUGCAGAGAGCCAUGGAAACAUUGAGCAGGGCAGAGGCGGUGGAAGCAAAGGAAGCGAAGAUGGAUGGGUGGAUGGAGAGGAGUGAGGCUGACGCUGAGGUGAUGAUUCUGCAGGCUGUGCUGGAAGGGGUGGGUGACGGUGUUGAGCCUGGCAGAGUGGUGGCGGAGUCUGGAGAAGAGGAGGUGGGGGAGCGUGGAGAAGAGGAGGUGGGAGAGCGUGGAGAAGAGGAGGUGGGGGAGCGUGGAGAGGAGGAGGUGAGGGGGCGUAGAGAGGAGGAAGGGGGGGAGCGUGGAGAGGACGUGAGGACGGGGUGCGGAAACGAGGUGGUGUGGGGGUGUGGAGAGGAGGUGGUGUGGGGGUGUGGAGAGGAGGUGGAGGUGUGGUAUGAAGCAGAGGCGGAGGUGGGGUGUGGAGAGGAGGUGGGGGAUCGUGGAGAGGAGGUGGUGGGGGAUCGUGGAGAGGAGGAGGUGGGGGAUCGUGGAGAGGAGGUGGUGGGGGAUCGUGGAGAGGAGGUGGUGGGGGAUCGUGGAGAGGAGGUGGUGGGGGAUCGUGGAGAGGAGGUGGUGGGGGAUCGUGGAGAGGAGGUGGUGGGGGAUCGUGGAGAGGAGGUGGUGGGGGAUCGUGGAGAGGAGGAGGUGGGGGAUCGUGGAGAGGAGGUGGUGGGGGAUCGUGGAGAGGAGGUGGUGGGGGAUCGUGGAGAGGAGGUGGUGGGGGAUCGUGGAGAGGAGGUGUUGGGGGAUCGUGGAGAGGAGGUGGUGGGGGAUCGUGGAGAGGAGGUGGUGGGGGAUCGUGGAGAGGAGGUGGUGGGGGAUCGUGGAGAGGAGGUGGUGGGGGAUCGUGGAGAGGAGGUGGUGGGGGAUCGUGGAGAGGAGGUGGUGGGGGAUCGUGGAGAGGAGGUGGUGGUGGGCACCCCUGCACGUGCUUAUGCUGGUGCGCCUGCUGCCACUGCUGUUUGUGGUUGGGCAGGCACGUCUGCAGGAGCAUCAGCAGGAGUAGCGAUACUGCUGGAACUGCCUGAGGAGGCAGUUGUGAGCACCCCUGCACGUGUUGCUGCUGCGCCUGCUGCUGCUGCUGCUGCUGCUGCGCCUGCUGCUGCUGCUGCUGCUGCUGCGCCUGCUGCUGCUACUGGAGGUGGUUGGGAUGUGACAGGCACGUCAGCAGGAGCAUCAGCAGGAGCAUCAGCAGGAGCAUCAGCAGGAGCAUCAGCAGGAGCAUCAGCAGGAGGAGCGAUCCUGCUGGAGUUGCCUGAGGAGGAGGCAGUUGUUGUGAGCACCCCUGCACGUGCUGCUGCUGCUGCUACUGGAGGUGGUUGGGAUGUGGGAGGCACGCCUGCAGGAGCAUCAGCAGGAGUGCCAGUGGUAGACCUGACCUUGGAGGCGACUCCAGGGCCAGCAGCAGCAUCACCAGGAGUGAUAGUGCUAGAGCUGACUGAAGAGGAGGCGCGGAUGUGGAACCAGCAGCAGGUGAAGAACGUGGGUUUACUGUGGCCCGAAAGCUGGGUUCUUUGCGAGUCUAAAAGUCUCUCCCAUGCUCUCUCCCUUGCUCUCUCCCUUCCUCUCUCCCUUGCUUUCGCCCAUGUUCUCUCCCCUGCUCUCUCCCUUGCUCUCUUCCGUGCUCUCCCCCAUGCCUUUUCCCAUGCUCUCUCCUCCUGCUACCAUCAGAAGCAUAAGAGGCAACGCAAGACUCGUCAGCGCACUCACGAGAAUGACAUGUCUUUGGAGGAGAUGGAGCAAUUGCAGGUGGACCUGGCAGUGCAGACAAGCAUGGUCGACCUGAGAGAGCAGGAGGAGCUGGCGCGUGCACAUGAUUAUGCAGCUCCAGCAACACCUGGCGGGCACGCAGCAGGAGGUGGAGAACAAAGACGGCAGGCUGCAGCGGCUGGUGGGGCAGCACAGGGUGAUGGAGCACUUUCGAUUGGUAAACAGCGCAUGGAAGACCAGGCUCUCUUAGCCGACGUGGGCUGUUCCCAUGCAGCUCUCCACGAGCAGCCGCAGCUGCAACAGCAGGAGCAGGAGCAGCUGGAGCAGCAGCAGGAGCAGGAGAAGCAGCAGGAGCAGGAGCAGCAGCAGGAGCAGCAGCUGCAACAGCCGCAGCAGCUCCAAACACCACCCAUCCUUGCCAUUCCAUCCCACUCAUCUUACCCCUCCUCCUCACACCCUUUUUCAGCUACUAAUGUGGCCCAUAACCCCACAUCUUCUCCCCGUGCCGCCACCACCAUCACCCAUCCUAAACGAAUCGCAGCAACAAAAGCUGAGAUGGCACUGCAAGAGCUAGCAGAGCAAGAACUAGAGAAUGGGGCGCGGAAGAGAAGAGGGUGGUGUGACGAGGAGGAUUACGAGCUGAGGAAGCACAAGAGGAGGAAGCGUCAGCCGUUUACAGUGGAUGAGGUGGAAUUGCUGGUGUCUGCUGUGGAGGUACUCGGCACAGACAGGUGGGUUGAUUGUACUGGUGAGGGUUAUGGUGGUGGAAAGAGGUGA